CCCCGCCCGCCGUCCCCAGCCGCGGCGCCCAGAGCUGCGACCCGCGCGCCCCGCUCCGCCGCCGCCCGGCCCGGGCCGCCAUGUCUCUGUGGAAGAAAACCGUCUACAAGAGCGUGUGCCUGUCUCUGGCCCUGCUUGUGGCCGUAACAGUAUUCCAGCGUAGCCUGACCCCCAACCAGUUCCUGCAAGAGCCCCCGCCACCCACUCCAGAGCCGCAAAAGGCCCAGAAAUCAAGUGGACACCUGGUGAACCCCAACAGCUUCUGGAAGAACCCGAAGGAUGUGGUUGCCCCCACGCCCGCGGCCCCGCAAGGGCCCCAGACUUGGGACGUCAGCACCACUAACUGCUCGGCCAACGUCAACCUGACCCACCAGCCCUGGUUCCAGGGCCUGGAGCCCCACUUCCGGCAGUUCCUGACCUACCGUCACUGCCGGUACUUCCCCAUGCUGCUGAACCACCCCGAGAAGUGCGGCGGCCACGUCUACCUGCUGGUGGUGGUCAAGUCGAUCAUCACGCAGCACGACCGCCGCGAGGCCAUCCGCCAGACCUGGGGCCGCGAGCAGGAGUCGGUGAGCGGCGGCCGCGGCGCCAUCCGCACCCUCUUCCUGCUGGGCACGGCCUCCAAGCAGGAGGAGCGGACCCACUACCAGCAGCUGCUGGCCUACGAGGACCGUCUCUACGGCGACAUCCUGCAGUGGGACUUUCUCGACAGCUUCUUCAACCUGACCCUCAAGGAGAUCCACUUCCUCAAGUGGUUUGACAUCUACUGCCCCCACGUGCAGUUCAUCUUCAAGGGCGACGACGACGUCUUUGUCAACCCCACCAACCUGCUCGAGUUUCUGGCUGACUGGCAGCCGCGGGAAGACCUGUUCGUGGGCGACGUCCUGCAGCACGCCCGGCCCAUCCGCAAGAAGGACAACAAGUACUACAUCCCGGGGGUCCUGUACAGCAAGGCCAGCUACCCCCCGUACGCGGGCGGCGGCGGCUUCCUCAUGGCCGGCGGCCUGGCCCGGCGCCUGCACCACGCCUGCGACACCCUGGAGCUGUACCCCAUCGACGACGUCUUCCUGGGCAUGUGCCUGGAGGUGCUGGGCGUGCAGCCCACGGCCCACGAGGGCUUCAAGACUUUCGGCAUCUCCCGCAACCGCAACAGCCGCAUGAACAAGGAGCCGUGCUUCUUCCGCUCCAUGCUCGUCGUGCACAAGCUGCUGCCCGCCGAGCUGCUGGCCAUGUGGGGGCUGGUGCACGGCAACCUCACCUGCUCCCGCAAGCUGCAGCUGCUCUGACCCCGGCCAGGCCGCCCGAGAGGCUAGGGCACGUGUCCUUGAGCCCCGGGAGUCAGGGGGCUGGAGCGGCAAUGCCAGGACAUGGACCGUGGUCCCCCCGCGCAGGGAGGUGGAGGGGGUUUGGGCUUUCCGUGCCCUGGGCUGUGAUGGGGCGCAGUUAGCCGGAAGGGGGCCUCCCGGUGUACACAUCCCCCAGGAAGUGGAGCUGAGGCCCAGGAACGUUUGCAACUGCCCUGACUGCUGAAGGUCGUCUUGGGAGCGGGGCCGUUGGCCACUGGUAGCCCUCCUAACCUGGGUUCCCUGCUUGACUCCCGGUGACCUGGGGGGAGGCCCUGGUGAUCUCUGAAGGAACUCUGUACUCAGGUACCCGGCUUAGGCCUGGCCCUGGAUGGGUCCGUGGCGGCCCUCUUGUCUUCACAGACAAGAUUCUCCUUCCCCCAUGAAAUGCCUCAGUCUCCCCCCACGGGCCCAGGCAGCCCUUUCAGGAGAAGCUCAACCCUGUGCGGGCUCACAGGCCCCACCCCCUGCAGCCCUUGCCCCUGGGUCUCCAGGAGAUGGAACCUCAGAGGGCCCUCAGCACCAUCCUCACCCCCAUACCUGCCUAGAGUUGCUGCUCAGUCUCUGCAACCAGGUGGCUUCCCUCCUGGCUGUGUCCCUACGAUGCUCCAUCCACCCCUGUCUGGAAGCGCGGCUGGCCGCCCUGACUACCUCAGCAAUCCUCAGAACCUCUGGAUGGGCUGCGCCCCCUCCCCACCCCACUCCCCCGACACAGGGCCAGAGAGCAGUGCUCAGCCCCACGCAGUCAUGGUGCUGCCCGACCCGCCGAGGGCCCUCACGCAGCCCCACCGAGGCCUGGCUCCCCGGCCGGAAACCAGCCGGUUUGGCCCUGGAGAUGGACAUUCCUCUAUUACUGUGAAGUUUUUAUUUAUGGAGGGAGGGAGUGCCAGGCCUCGGGAGAUUGGUGGUGUUCUCCUUUCCCUACCCUCAUUCCAGCAAGAGACCACCUCCCUCAGCCACUCACCCCCCUCCCGGGGCACCCCCAUGCCUGUCAUGGCCCCCUCUGGAACCCUGCCCUACCUGCCUGCCCGCUUCUCCAGGGCCUGAGCAGACCAGCAUUUGCCCCGGUGAAGCGAUGAAGUGAACCUUGUGUGCCACCUCACCCGGGCUCAGGCGUCCUUGGGGAUGGGUGCAGAAGGAUGCCACCUCGUAUCCAGGUGGAGUCACCCGGGAAAAGAUGGAGGGACCAACUCUGUUUUCUCAA